AGGACAGCAAAGAAUCGACUCUUAAAGGAGACGUAGCGGGAGAGGUAGGAUCGCCUAGAAAGAUAGAAAUCAGGUGCCCUGACUUUGGAGAAACACUAGAACGCAAGAGCCGGUGAGAAGGUCCUUCCCGCAGGUGUCCCAAGCUUCCAUUUUGCUGCUCCUCCUUGGGAUCCCUCUGUUUCCUCAGUCCUCGAUUGAAUCUCUGUUCUCUCAUCCGUGACCCUGAGGAGAUGCGCUGGAAGACUCUCCGGGGCCCUGAAGUGGAGAGUGGGUUAUUGGCAUGCGUGGGAGCAACCUCUUCCGUGACGAUGAUUGCAGAUUGGAGGCCGGAAGAAGGCCGGGAGCCACGGGCCCUGGCGCCCCACCAGGACGAGGGGCCCCCGACCAGGAGCCCCCAGGGGGAUGGAGCCUGCGGGAGUGAGUCCGGCCGACAGGAGUCCAGCGAGGCCUUCCGCCAGCGCUUUCGGUGGUUCCGCUACCAGGAGGCGUCGGGGCCCCGCGAGGCCCUGGGGCGCCUGCGGCAGCUGUGCCACCUGUGGCUUAGGCCGGAAGAGCACACCAAGGAGCAGAUCCUCAAUCUGCUGGUGCUGGACCAGUUCCUCAGCAUCCUGCCUGCCGACACCCAGGCCUGGGUGAAGAUUCAGUGCCCCAAGAGUGGGGAGGAGGCCGUGGCCCUGGUGGAAGAUUUACAGGGAGGCCUCGGUGGGCCACGUCAGUGGGAAGGGUCCGAGGAGGUCACGGCGUCCCAGGGAGGAGCAGAAGAGUCACUGCCUGCAUCUUGCGUGGGCUCCUCAUCACAAGAUUUUAUGACUGCAAACAAGUUUAAGGAGCCAGUUUCCCCAAAGCAGGAAGUCGCUGAAGAAGCAGAUUUAUACAGGGCACUCUUGGGGAGUCUCCAGCAGAAUAUUCCAGCGGCUUGUGCGGAAUCUGGGAAAACCUGGGAAAAUGAGAGCAGAUCAGAAAGGUUGGGCUGACGUCCUAGCGGUGGGAGAACAAGGAAGGGCCACCACCAGGAGAGAGGGUUCAGAAAUGUCAGCGAGGCCCACAAGAAGUCCUCCGAAGGGAAGAUGACCUGUGAAUGUUACCUUUGUGGAAAAGCUUCCAGUUGUCUCCCAUCUUUUACUUGCCAUGAGAGAAUCCAAUAUUAUGAAUAUGGGAAAGCCUGCUGUAAUUGCUCACAUGUUAUUAUACUCCAGAGAAUUCAUACUGAAGCAAAACCCUAUAAAUGUAUUGAAAACGGUAAAGUCAUUAAGCAUCAGAGAAUUCAUAUGAAAAGCAAACCCUAUCAA